AUGAGUGCGUUGUUGUCGGAGGAUUAUCUGAAUGACUAUAUCAGUCCUGCGUUGGCGUGCACCAAGCCGACGGAGAUCAAGAAAGAGAAGUUUGUGACUGAGGAUGGUGAGUUUCAAGUCGGAGUAGAGCCCCAGGAGCUUGAGAAAGUGACUAUCUCGCUGUCAGACUGUCUGGCGUGCUCGGGCUGUAUUACUUCCAGUGAAGAGAUCAUGCUGAGCCAGCAGAGUCACAGCGUGUUUCUGGAUGCGUGGCGUGAGCUCGGAUUCGACAAGUGUGGGAGUGCUGGUGACGCGCAGUGCACCAACAAGCUCGUGGUCAGCAUUUCGCCGCACUGCCGUGCCUCUAUGGCGCGGUACUAUGGGGUUGACGUCGAUGCCGCUGAUUACGCCAUACUGCGGGUUUUCAAAGAAGUGUUCCAUGCGACCAGUGUGAUAGGUGACGGUGCUGGUCGUCUGUUAUCUGUGAAGCGCGUGGUAGAGGAGCUUAUGGAGAGGCGCAAAGCCAGCCAAGGCACUGCGUUGUCGUCUAUAUGUCCUGGGUUCCUGAUAUACACAGAGAAGACGAAGCCGAAGCUAGUGCCGAUGCUGCUGAAUGUGAAGUCCGCGCAGCAAGUUACCGGGGCACUCUUCAAGGAGAUAGCGCUUGAGGAAGGGUAUGACGUGGACACGAGCCUGAAGGACGGCAAGAGGACCAACGUGCAGUACCACUUGACCAUUGUUCCGUGUUUUGACAAGAAGUUAGAGGCGUCUAGGCCCGAUGGCGAAGGUGAAGUGAACUGUGUGAUCACGCCGCGGGAAGUGCUGGCGAUGCUUGGUGAGAUGGGCGUGUCGUUUAGGAAAUACCUGGGCGACUGGGCGUCGCUGGACAAGCAGCUACAACAAUCGCAGCUGGGCAUGCUGCGCGCAGAGAUGAGUCCCGCCGGGUGGGACCCGCUGCUGCACUGGAGCAUCCCUGCGAACGGCGACGGCUACAGCGAUGGGUAUGCGUACCAGUAUGCGUGCACGGUGCGGGAUGCACACGUAGCCAGCGGUUGCGCAGCACAGGUGGUGAGUGUUCCCGGGAAGAACGCGGACGUGCUGGAGUACAGGGUUGUUGAGCCGAGCAGCGAGGGCGGCAAAGUCAUUGCGCGCGCGUGCGUGCUGUCCGGGUUCCGCAACAUCCAGAACCUGUGCAGGAAGCUGGACCCGUCCGGACACAAGAAGCGCAGUGUGCGGCGUGUGGCAGCGCUGAGAUCUCGUGGCAGGAAGGACAGUUCCAGUGAGGACAGCACUGGUACGCCAUCAGCGAUCAGCAACGCGCUGGGAGGCACUGCGAACCCAGCUGAGUGCGACUACGUGGAGGUGAGUGCGUGCCCGAGCGGCAGCAUCAACGGUGGGGGUCUGCUGAUGGAGCUUGCACCCGAGCGCGAGGAGAUGGGCGAGACCCCGUUGCCAUCGUCUACCAUCGGAGGCAAUGCCCGCCGCAGACAGCAGCAACUGCAGGAGCUGCAAGCGAUGUACAAGGCCCAGAUCCGUAUCACCGACGAAACACCGACGUCUCUUCCACCCGCAGCACUCCCACCACUCCCACCACAGUACACCAUGCAGUACACCUUCUACAUCCAGGAAGAGGACCCAGCCAAGCCAGACAUCGUCACCGUGGGAAACACCUGGUAA